AUGGUGAUAGACAGAUCAAAGAACAGUGUCCUUAGGUUCAUCAAAGAGAAAAUGUGCAAAAAACUGCAAAGUUGGACAGGUAAAAUGCUGAGUUCUGCGGGCAAAGAGGUAUUACUCAAAUAUGUGGCCCUUGCUCUCUCUUCGUAUGCGAUGUCCAUCUUCAAAUUACCUGCUGGACUUUGUAAAGAGCUGUGCCAAAUGAUGGCUAAAUUAUGGUGGGGAAGUGAUUCUGGAGAAAAGAAAAUGCAUUGGAAAAGCUGGGCUAAUAUUUCUAAUGUCAAAGGGAAAGGAAGACUUGGGUUCCGGGAUGUUCAAUGCUUUAACACCUCCUUACUAGCCAGACAAGUUUGGAGGAUGCUUACUAAUCCAAACUUGUUGGUUAUUAAGGUGGUAAAAGGAAGGUACUUCCCUAAAUCCUCUAUUCUUGAUGCACAGGUCAAAAAUGGAGCUUCAUGGAUCUGGCAAAGUCUGCAUAGUUCAAUUGGGAUGCUGAAUAGUGGACUAAGGAAGCAGGUUGGGGAUGGCACCACUAUUGCAAUCUAG